AUGACGUGUGUGGAAUUAUAUGAAAUAUGUGAAUCAAAAAAACUGCAAGUGACUGAUCGCAGUGAUGGACUUAAGCUGGAUUGUGGGACAGAUUACCAAAUCCGAGCUGAAAAUGAUGACCCUAAAGACAGCAUAGAGCUGAAAAAUGAUGAAGACUUCGAAGGAGAGUACACAUGUGAGACAAAAAAAGAGGGAUCUGAAGAUAUACGAUCAAAAAUCUUAGUGAAAAUUCGGACUUGUGACAACUGCAUAGAGCUCGACUCGGGAGCGAUAGCAGGCAUAGCGGUGGGAGAAGUGGUGGCUACCAUUGUGAUCGGAGUGGCCGUCUAUCUGGUGGCUUCUAAAGCUGGGAGUGGUCCAGCCCCCACUAACAAGAAAAGCUCGGACAGGCAGCAUCUUGUUCCUAAUGAAGUGACCAACAGACCCACCAAUGAUCAUUACCAGCCUCUGAGAACCAGAGGUGGCCAGAGAGACACGUACGAUGUGCUCGCCAAGAGAUAGAAGCUCACUGCCAGCCAUCCCUCCAUCCCCGACUCCCCGCUGAAAACAAGCCUGCAUCCCCACCAGCUGCAGGAGGGAGAAGUCCUAUCAUUGCUUUCUCCUGGUGUGAUUUGCUCUGUAUGAUACUGCUUCAGUUUAAACGCUCUCUUAGUCUUCUAUUUGCCACACACCUAUGAGAUGAUGCUCUGCAGAGACCUCUCACUUGUUGAGUUUCCUGCUAGCCUGAUGCUGUGUACCAUCAGUGUUUCAGCUGUUGUGGUUUUCUAGAUACAACUGGUAUCAUGGCGUUUUUCUUUAUUGUUAAAAGAAUUCUCAUGUUCCAAUAAUAAAAACUAGAGAAUAAAAAUUGCCUUGCUGAC